AUGCUGGGCAGUUUCGCUCGUUGUUCAAGAAAUGUCCUACAAAAGAACUCCCUGCUGACUUUAAGGUACCAGGGACGAAGAUAUCUACCACUAGUGUCUAGGCUGACUCCUAUAAGCAGGCAGAAUUACUUCCAUACUGCUUCUAUAUGGUACCAAAAGGAUGCCACUGGUAAAGAUUUGGAGAAAAUAAGAAAAGAAAUUGAGAAGUACAUUAGUGAGACAAAGACGAAUAAAAACAUUUCUGAUGAGGAGAGGCAGCGGAAGAUAGAAGAAGGUAUCAAGAAACUGGAAGAUACGAUAAUAAAACAACAGAAACGAGAGAAUCCUAACCCAAAAAAGAGCGCAGAGAGCAGUAAUGAUAAACCACCACAAUUUAACACUAAUAAAUUGAAUGAUCCUGCCGCUAAUCCUAAUAACAAUGUCAACUUAUUGCAAUUAGGCUUGACCCUCUUUUUAUUAUCUUACUUGUUAGAUUUGUACAAUGACAAGAGAGAAAAUACAGAAAUAACGUGGCAAGAGUUUAGGACGGAUUUUCUUUCAAAACACCUGGUGGAGCAAUUGACUGUUAUGAAUAAGUCGGUUGUUAAAAUAAAAUUGAAUGAAUCAGGAAUAUCUAAACAUGGCAACGACGAACACAAAACAUUCUAUUUUAAAAUUGGCUCGAUUGAGAAUUUUGAACGUAAAUUAAGUAAAGCGCAGGAAGAAUUAGGAAUCGAAAACGAUUUCAGAAUACCAGUGAAUUACACUCAGGAGGGUAACUAUGCAAGAGCUCUCUUCCAAUUAUUACCUACUGCUUUGAUGAUUGUAGGGCUUAUCUGGAUAACUAAAAAAUCUGCACAAUCUGCGGCGGGGACUCGUGGUGGAAUAUUCGGAAUGAGUCGUUCUAAAGCCAAGCAAUUUAAUAGCGACACAGCUGUGAAAAUUAAAUUCAAUGAUGUGGCAGGUUGUGAUGAAGCUAAAGAAGAAAUUAUGGAAUUUGUCAGUUUUUUAAAAGAUCCCGUACGUUAUGAAAAGAUGGGGGCCAAAAUUCCAAGAGGGGCCAUUUUAUCAGGACCGCCUGGUACAGGUAAAACUUUGUUAGCUAAGGCUACUGCUGGUGAGGCAGGGGUACCGUUCUAUUUUGUUUCUGGUUCUGAGUUUGUAGAGAUGUUUGUUGGUGUGGGUGCUGCUAGAGUACGUGAUCUUUUCAAAACUGCAAGAGAAAACGCACCUUCUAUUGUAUUCAUUGAUGAGAUUGAUGCAAUUGGGAAGGCUAGACAGAAAGGUAACUUUUCGGGUGCAAAUGAUGAAAGAGAAAGCACUUUGAACCAAAUGCUAGUGGAAAUGGACGGUUUUACACCUUCAGAUCAUGUUGUGGUUCUUGCUGGCACAAAUAGACCAGACAUAUUGGAUCGAGCUUUAUUGAGACCAGGACGGUUUGAUCGACAUAUUAAUAUCGAUAAACCAGAGUUAGAGGGUCGAAAAGAAAUUUUUGCAGUUCAUUUGAAAGGAUUAAAACUCGCCAAUACAAUUUUUGAUUUAAAAAACAGAUUGGCAGCUUUGACGCCAGGUUUUUCGGGUGCCGAUAUUGCAAACGUUUGUAAUGAAGCUGCUUUAAUUGCCGCCAGAACAGAUUCACAUGCGGUUGUAUUGACCCAUUUUGAGCAUGCUAUCGAGAGAGUUAUUGGAGGAGUUGAAAGAAAAUCUAAAGUAUUAUCUCCUGAGGAAAAACAGAUUGUAGCCUAUCAUGAAGCUGGUCAUGCCAUUUGCGGUUGGUACUUAAAAUAUGCAGAUCCACUACUGAAAGUAAGUAUCAUUCCUCGCGGACAAGGUGCUUUGGGGUAUGCACAGUAUUUACCAGGUGACAUUUUCUUAUUAAGCGAACAACAACUGAAGGAUAGAAUGACUAUGUCCUUGGGUGGAAGAGUGUCAGAAGAACUUCAUUUUGCUUCCGUCACAUCUGGUGCUUCAGAUGAUUUCAAGAAAGUCACUAACAUGGCCACGGCUAUGGUCACGCAACUAGGGAUGAGUCCAAAGAUUGGUUGGAUUAAUUAUCAAAGAGAGGAUGAAACUGAUUUGACAAAACCAUUUUCUGAAGAAACAGGGGACCUUAUUGAUCAAGAAAUUCACAGACUCAUUCAGGAUUGUUAUGAAACAUGUAAAAAAUUGCUAAAAGAAAAGGCAUCUGAGCUGGAAAAAGUCGCCCAGUUUUUGUUACGUAAAGAGGUGUUGACAAGAGAAGAUAUGAUAACGUUGUUGGGAAAACGGCCAUUCCCCGAAAGAAAUGAUGCUUUUGACAAAUAUCUAAAUAAAAGAGAAACAGAAAGAUUGAGUAAGGAGGGGAGAGACAAUGGCAUAGCUCCCAAUCCAGCUUAA